UAUCAUCUUGUGUUAUUAUCAUCCGCGAAUGCAGUAAUGCUUUUAAGCGUCAUAAAUGUUGGUAUAUUACUCAUAAUUCUAAAGUUAAGGAUGCUGGACCUUAACUAUUGAGUAUUGGUGUAUUCAUCAAUUUAUUAAAUACUGACUUUCAGAACAACACUAUCGGUUUUGUGAAUUUUCUUGGAAUUUUGUAAUUAAAUUACUAAAAUGGAUUAUCAAAACCGUCCUGGUGGUAAGACUGGUGGUGGUGGUGUUGCAUCAUGGACAGAGACUAAUAAAGAUAGACGUGAACGUCUUAGACAAUUGGCUUUGGAAACUAUUGAUCUUCAAAAAGAUCCUUAUUUUAUGAAAAAUCAUUUAGGGUCCUACGAAUGUAAACUUUGUCUUACUCUACAUAAUAAUGAGGGAAGUUAUUUAGCCCAUACACAAGGUAAAAAACAUCAAGCGAAUUUAGCACGUCGAGCAGCUAAAGAAGCUAAAGAUGCUCCACAACAACCUGCUCCUGAAAAACCACGAGUAGAAACUAAAAAGUUUGUUAAAAUUGGACGACCUGGAUAUAGGGUUACGAAGCAAAAAGAUCCAGAAACAGGCCAACAAAGUUUACUUUUUCAAAUUGAUUACCCUGAAAUUACUGAUAAUGUACGUCCACGCCAUCGAUUCAUGUCGGCAUAUGAACAAAGAAUUGAGCCACCUGACAGGAAAUGGCAGUAUUUGUUGUUUGCUGCAGAACCUUAUGAAACAAUUUCCUUUAAAGUACCAAGUCGUGAAGUGGAUAAAUCUGAAAUGAAAUUUUGGGCUCAUUGGAAUACUCAAGCAAAACAAUUUUAUUUACAAUUUGCAUAUAAAGUUGAACAAAUGAAACCACCACCUCCAAUGAAACCUCCUCCACCAUCUCUUCCACCUCCACCACAACACAACAUGAUGCAUCAACCUGGUUCAAAUAUGAUGUCUCAUAUGUUCCCUCCUCCGCCUAUGUAUAAUCCUGGACCACCUCAAAUGAUGAGUAAUAUGAUACCUCCACCUCCUCAAUUGAUGGGUUAAUAACUUUAUAAAAAUAACAAUGUAAUAAUUUUAAAUAUGUUUUAUUACAAUCUAAAAUACUCCGUAAAUGUUUUUCUUUGGUAAGAAUAAAACUGUAAGAACUUCAAUAAAUUUAAAGAAAUUAAAAUGGUAAAUUUCAUUUUGUUUAUUACAUUUCAUUAAAUGUGUUCAAUAAAAUGUUUUAACAUAUAAUUAA